CUCAUCGGACAACAUUGGUGCAAGGACUUCCGCUUCCACAUAGCAACCGGAACGCGAACAAGCUGAAUCACUUGGAAAAAUGGCUGAAGUUGAGGAGACCUUGAAGAGGAUUCAGACCCAUAAAGGCGUUAUUGGAACAAUAGUCGUAAACGCUGAGGGAAUUCCUAUCAGAACCACACUUGACAACUCAACCACAGUGCAGUAUGCGGGACUCCUUCAUCAGCUGGCCAUAAAGGCCAGAAGUACAGUGCGAGAUAUUGACCCUCAAAAUGACUUGACAUUUCUCAGGAUAAGAUCCAAGAAACAUGAGAUCAUGGUAGCUCCAGACAAAGAGUAUCUGUUAAUUGUGAUCCAGAAUCCCAGUGAAUAAAAGCCCAGCAAGAAAAAGAGUAUCUGACCUGAUGAGUGACAUCAUCUGGCACAUGUGACAAUACCUGUUUCUAUUUAUGAUUAGCCUAGUUGGUUUUUUUUCCAUUCCAUAUGUCUUUAAGUACACUUGUCAUUCCACUGGUUUUCCAGGGCCACCUUUUGAGAUGCCUUCCUUACUUACAUCUCCGCAAUGCCUUAUAGUCCAACUAAUAUAUGGGAUGCUUUUUGGUGAGGCCAUCUGGAUUUCUCUUGUAGAACUAGAUAUUAGUGUUCAGUUAAAACCUGUGUCCCUUGAACAUGUGUGAUAUUUUCUUUGUUUUUGUCAUCUAAUUCAGAUGUUCACAUGAAUAAAUAACACAUUAACUCUUCCGCUUA